GAUGGAAAAUUAUAAACCACAUAAGGCUCUUUAUUUACUCACAUAAUUCUUUCAUUGUAUUGUAAAAUCGAAAUUUUAGAAGUGUGAAUAGAAAUUGGCUUCAAAUAUACUGGUUCAAAAUACGUUACGUCAUAGCAGUCAUUAUUAUGCGGAUAUUCAAAACAUUUUUUUUUGUGUCAUUUAAUGAUUGUUUUGGACAAGAAAACGUAUUGAAAUCGUUCCUUAAAACUGUGUUACAUACUUGAUGAAUAACCUUAGCAUUUGAAUGACGGAAUAAUCAAGUCCCAAACACCCACAUAACCAUGCCGACCAAUUACAAGAACCAGAAAUACUCCUCUAUCAAAAGUGACUGCCUCAAGAAAGGGGAACUCUUUGAGGAUCCGGAAUUUCCAGCCAACAGCAAGUCCCUGUUCUACAGUAAAAUAGACCAGGAUAUUCAGUGGAAGAGACCAAGUGAGAUAUGCAAAGUCCCAAAACUUAUAGUAGAGGGAGCGACAAAUGACGAUCUGCAAGAGGGCGAGAUCGGAAACACGUGGUUUGUCACCGCAUGUGCAAGUCUCACCAAAGAGACUAAACUCUUCCAGAAUGUAAUACCUGAUUUGAAAAGCCAAGAGUUCAACGAGAAAUCAGAGAAACCAUCGUACGCCGGUGUGUUUCAGUUUCGAUUUUGGAGAUAUGGAGAGUGGGUCGAUGUUGUCGUCGACGACAGACUGCCAACAAAAGACAAAGAGUUGAUUUUCUGCCAUUCUAAACAGACGAACGAGUUUUGGAGCGCUCUUCUCGAAAAAGCGUAUGCAAAGUUAUAUGGUGACUACGAGACUCUAUCCAAUGGACGAACUGCCGAUGCUUUGGUGGACUUUACAGGAGGCGUAGCGGAGAAACUCGUAUUGGCCACUAUUGGUCUCAGCGAUACUCACUCACAGCUGGGCUUUUUCGAAAAGCUAAAAGACGCACUCGAUAAUCAUGCCUUGGUCAACUGUAAUAUUCAGUGUAGCAAAGACGAUAUCGGAAGUGAAACGGCACAAGGUCUGAUCCUGGGCCAUGGCUACAAUAUCACCAACGUGAUACAGAUCGAAGUUCCCAAGAAGCUUCAGGGUAAAAUUGGUCAGAAAAUCCUGUACAUGCUGCGGCUUGCUAACCCCUGGAACGUCAAGGAAUGGAACGGUCCGUGGAGUGAUGGUGCUGAUGAGUGGAACGCUCUUACUGCCCACGAGUGGAGCAAGAUAGGGUUGAAAUUCGAGAACGAAGGAGAGUUCUGGAUGUGCCUUGAGGACUUUGUCAACAACUUCACCAACGUGGAUAUCUGCCACUUUGUGAACACAUCCUUAUUCAGUCUUAAGAAAUCGUGGACCGAGAGCAUUUUCCACGGGGAUUGGCACGUGUCAGGAAGAAACGGCGGAAGUGACUGGAACUCCAAUACAUUCCUUAGCAACCCACAGUACGUGUUUGAUAUACUGGGUAUCAGGGACAAGAUCAUGGUUUCCCUCGAGCAGCAUGAUAUCAGCAUGUCCAGACAAGAACUGGGUAUCAAACACAACGAGAUCGGCUUCCAGAUCAUGAAGGUCGAAGAGAACCGGAAGUACCGAGUCCAUAUCAAUGGCGACCUCAUCUUCAAGUCAGAAUACAAGCGGUCCAGGAGCAUCUUUGGGACUGUUGAGUUGAAGAAAGGGAGGUACGUGUUAUUCCCCACUACAAAGGAUCCGGGCGAGACUGGGAAGUACAUGCUGCGUCUUUACACGUCAUCCCCGGCGUCCAGCAAGGAACUCAUAGACGACGCACCGGUUGCGUCAUGCUGCGGGAAACCUCCAAUCCUCGUAUCAACAAUCACCGUAGAGGGCGCCACUGGACUGGAAAUCCCCGCCACGUCCAAGGUCAAAUCCAUUGACCCAUACGUGAAAAUCUACUGCGAGGGCGAAAAGGUGGUCUCUGAAAAGCUUAAACAGACAGCGUCCCCUGAAUGGAACGUUAAAGCCACCUUCUAUAGGAAGAAACCCGACCUGGAACCAAUAACUGUUGAGAUUUGGAACGGCAAUGUCCUCAUUGAUGACUUCAUGGCAGAAGCGAGAGUGGACAUCGAGGGUAACGAAGAGGGAGAGAAGAAGAAGUGUGACAUAUUCGGCAGAAAGAAAGAAAAGGAUGUCAUCAUGCCUGGAAACCUCCACGUCUUAAUGAAGUCAAGUCACGAUUUGGCUUACUUGUAAACUGGUCUCAAAAUUCUGUAAGACGAAGGACAUGCCUUUUAUGUAAUAUGUCUCAAUUUAAGUAUAGUUACUUGCAAACGUGUGGUUCAAACUUAACGGACUUGGAAAAGGUCCAAAAUUUAUGAACGAGACUUCAUUUGUGUUAUGUAUUCAUGCAUGUGUGUUUUUGGCAUAGGUUGAUCCACAAACGUUAUUGUUUAUAAAAUGGGUUGUAUAAUCAAGUAAUUUUGAAUUGAUAUUUUGAAUAUUCUUUUAAACUGCUCUAUCACAAAUUGCCAGUUAUGCCAUAUUUUUGAUAUUCUUUAGAAAAAAGUUGUCCCAGAAGCGGCUGCUUUGGGCACCAAUGCCUUCAAUUUAGACAUAUUAUAUAGUUCACAAUAGAACCAAUCUCAAAUGUUUGGUAAAACAGCCGAAAAGGUCAUUUUUCUUGAUGAUGAAGUUGACCGUUACAAAAAUAAAACCACAUGGCAAAAAAAACCACCUUCAAUUUAUAUUUACACACUUAAUUACUUAUGAAACUCCAGUUUGUUGUUGAAAACAAGGGUAAAAACCAAUAUCAGUACAAUGUCAGCAUGUUGUCGAAUGUUCGGUUAACGUGUGCAAACGAUGUUGAAUUAUAAUAAAGAUUUUUUUUAUAAAGUAUUAACUGUCCUUUACUUCGAAUUUGUGUUAACUAUUGUUUUCAAUAUUAAACAUUAUAUAUACAUAUUAUGUUGACCAUUUAUAUUUUGUUACACAACUCGUGUAUGUGCAAGUGACUUUUUGUGUGUUUGUUAUUGCAUUAUUUGAAUUUAUGUGUUAAGGGAAAGAUUGUCCCUUGACAAUAUUAAAAUGUGCUAAUUUUGUUCAAGAAGAAAAACAAGCGUCCUUUUACAACAUUUUCUUGUUCAAAGUGAAAUGUUUUGUUUUGAUCAAGGUGAAGUACCUACACGGGAUUUUAAAAGUUGUUCUAAUAGUUGAUUUUUUCAUUCCUUAUUUUGCAGUGAAAACAUCAAAUUGAUAUUUUCACUGUUGUUAUUUCACUGAUAAAACUUCAUAUUUCAUCAAAAAACAUGAAAGAAAAAAGCGUCCUUUUUCAAACAGCUCUCCGUCUGUUGCCUUGAUUUUGGAUUUAUUAUUAUCCACCUGAACUAUAUUUGACAGUAUGUACGGUGUACGUUAUGUUUUUUACAAAUGUGAAACCAACCUAUACAUUCAUUGUUGUACCAUGAUAUUACAGGACAUUAUUGAAACAUGACUUUUUUUCAAAAACCGCGCUCAUUGUUUAAGCAACAAGUAUGGCCCAAAUUUCCCCAAACAUCUGAAAUCCCUUAUUACAGGAUUAAGCUAUGCUCACCAGGUUUUGUAUUGGUAUUAUUUGUAGAAUAGUAACAUUUUGCUCAGUUUCUAGACCUUUUAAAGGAAAUUGUCUGGAUGAUUAUGACAAUGAACUGUUUUAUAAUUGAUAACAUCAAGAUUUCGUAUGAAAUUUACCUUUAAUGAAAUAAGCUUUUUAUGUUUAUGAACAUUCGAGAAAUCGGAGCAUGAUUUAACAUUUGUUGGCUUUUGAGGACAUGCGUGUCUGUUUAUAAGUUUGGUUAUGCCUUAUAUUAACUGUGUGUACAUCUAAACACUGUCUACGAUAAAUUAUUGUCUACUGGGAUUGACCCCGUAGUUUUCAUUAAAAUCAUUCCAAAAUGAUGCUGAAAUUAACAUCAAUCAGUCUAACGAUGUGUCCACUUGUUAUACAUAUCUGGAAUGACAUUUAAAGCUGAUAUAUUUAUAUAAAGAUAUAUAUUAUGUUCUUAAACCGACUUAAAAUGUUUUACAUCAAUGUUGAAAGUAUUUCUGUGAUAAACGCCAUUUUAUUUUAAUAUAUUUUUUUAAUAUUUUUAAAGUCAUGAAUGUCUGUGAUAUAUUUGAUUUACGUUUCUUUGCACUGUCGUAAUUCUGUUGUCCUGGCCCCAAGUUUUUGAACAAUCUUUACGGGACUCACUCAUAAAUUUGAAACUCAUUAGAACCGAGUAUUGUCAACCCAGGCCUUCCGUAAAACAGAGCAAAAUAGAUCGCUCACUUUCUAAGAACUAAUUACUAGUAGAGCACUUGAACUUCAAUAAGUCCCUUUAAGCUCAUUAUUUCUCGUCGAAGCUCAGCACACUUCAUGUUUUGGUAUAACUGAUGUAAUAAUGUUCUUUAUAUGACUUUUGAGACUUUUAAUGGUAAUUUUAUCUUAAGAUAAUCUAGAUAAUUGUUUUCGGUUUCGAAAAAUCAUGUGUAAGAAAAUAAAUUGGCUAUAAAUACUAUACUUAAGCGAGUUAACGCAUAAGACUUAAGAUUUUGACAAAAAUUGGGGCCUAUUGUAAUUUUUUAUAUGAUAUAUGUUAUGUUCAAUUAAUAUGUAUUAUUAUACCAAUAUUCUUUUUGACGUGCAUUUAACGAUUCUACUUAAUGAAGUAGCUUUUGCAUUUCUAUGAUUUUUUUCAAUUGAAACAAACAUAAUGGGCCGAAUGUUCAGAACUUUGUUAAAGUUAAUAAUGUGAUUAACGUCAUCGUUGUUAACUUUUCAACUUGAACGUGAACUAUUUAAUGAUUUGCUGCCAUAUGUUAAAACUAACAAAAAAAUCAACUAAAACAAGUGUCUCAAAUACUGUUAGCAGAUCACAAGUAUAUCCACUAAACUUACAGAGCUGUAACGAUUUGAAAGUUAACAAUGGUGGAGUUAACAACGUUGUUAACUUCAACGAGGGUUUUGAACAAUCGGCCCUUUAUUGUUCACACAUUUGCUGUUGAUUUAUUUCUCUCUAUAAAAGGAAAUAAAGUUUAGAGAAUAAA